AUGAGUAAUCGCAGACUUAGAUACUCGAAAUCUUUACGUUCUCUGCCAUUCGUUGAACAACAAACUGAUGGUGAGUUAAAGCACGGCCUAACGAAAAAAUACAUCCACAUGUGUACGUCACAGACGAGUCAGAGAGAUAAAAAUAACAUGAUGGUAAUGCUCCAGGAAUUCAAUGCAAAAAACGCACAGUUUCGAAUACUGCCACAAUAUAAAGUGAAAUCGGAAGGUGAAGUGGUAAGUUACUUGCAAAGGGCUCUUUUGUUUAUCACAUGCUGUGGCUGCAAGAACAGCAGCAGCAACUAUAGCAACGAAAGCAGCAGCAACUACAGCAACGAAAGCAGCAGCAUAGCUCCACAAAUGUUUUCCUACAGAAAUUUACAAUCUGAAAUAAAUCUCGGUGUUGAACGAUCCGGGUUCACACUGGUCCGAUUUGCAAAAGAAAAUCCAGAACUCACACAUUUUGUGAGGGGUGGUUCCGUAAUCCGAUUAUUUCACAAAGAACUUGAAGCGUAUUUAGUGGCAGAGGGGUUGUUUGACGAAGAAAUUACCGAAGAUGUUCAUUUCCGCAUCCGAGUGAUGGAUCAACAUCGACCCCGAACUUUAUCACCCUCCACAUCAGGGAACACCUACUGGCAAAUUGAAGCUGAAAGUGGCAUACUCAAUGGUGAUGUCAUUAGAUGGGAACAACAAGUACGGUUACGACACAUGACCACACGUAAAUAUUUGUGCAUCGAUGCAGCCAGAGAAAUUUCAUUAACAGACGACAACGAAGAUCCAAGAACAGUUUUUCGUUUGCAUUCAGUUCUCAGUGAGAGGGAUGAAAUCCGUUUCGAGAGUUAUGCCCGAAUCGAACACGUUUUGACCGGGUUUUGGUUACACGCACUCAAAGAUGAAGAUUAUAUCAGGAAACAGUUUCGAUGUGCAGACAGUGAACAAGGGAUGCGAGGUGUGCGUUGGGACGGUGCCCAAGUCCGACAGGUAGCUGCCAGUGGGGAAAGUAUGUAUGAUGACGCUUUUACAAUACACAUGGUGGAGUUGGAAAAUGAAGAUGAAUUUAACUUUGUGGCUGGCAUGGUCCCCUUCUUGCUCAAUCUCAUUAAAGACAGGAAUGAUGGCCAUUUUCUGAAUUCUAAAAAGACACACGCAGUAUUAUCGGCAAUGGAUGAAUUACGGUUGUUUAUGAUUGUGUGUGGAAUCACGGACAAAAAUCGACAGAAAUUAAUGCGCAAUCUACGAGGUGGAAUUGGUUUAAACGUGGCGCAGAUGAUUGUGGAAUUAAUCAGGGACAAAAGAAAAAUUGUUGAUCGAAUUACUCACUCACAAAUCGAUGAGUUUGUGAGUCUCCUGCAGAAGAAUCAGAAUUAUAGAUUUCUCGACCUGCUUCAAGUGUUGUGUGUAUGCGAUGAAAUUGCCAUACCUAACAACCAGACAUACAUUGUACAGCAAUGGCUACAGAAAGACAGGGAGAAUAGUGUCAUCUAUAAUAAAGACAAGCAUGAUUUCCUGAUUCACCAAUUAAAUUUAUACAAAGCUUUAUGCUAUGUAACUUGCAGACAUCAUUAUGCUGCAUACAUCAAACAUAUUCCUCAUUUUCCGGUUCCUUAUAUAAACGAUGAGUACACCACGGGUCUUUUCGUGGACGUCGGCAAUAAUUAUUCAGUGUUGGAUCAUCCAAAUAUUUGUUUUAUUUACGAUUACGUUGGAUCGAAAGAUGAAGAGAAAAGCCAAGGAGAUUUUGUAGUGAAAGAAUUAGUUGCCAUAUUUCCUGUACUGCGAGACUGGAUCGCAGAAUUUUUACUCGGCAACAAAUGUAUGUAUGCCUCCGACAUAGGUCUUAACAUGCUUAUCGAACAGGUAAGAAUCUCUUGUUACUCAAAAGAUUCUCUGAAAUUAGUCCAACAAUAUCAACAAGUAGAACGGUUCCUUAAAAGUCCCGAGACCGAAGCCAUUGUCAACGCCAAAUAUCAAGCAUUAGAAGUGCUUGAUCUUUUAUUAACAUAUCAAAGAAACUCCCGUCUUCAGUGUUUUGUGGGAAAAUUCAAAAUGGCGGAGCAGCAAAUGGGAACGAAAAAGAUGAACAACGUUUUAGUUCCAUUACUUCAUGACGCUUACGACCCGCAUGAUCAACAGAAGAAAGCGGUGAAUAAACAGAAGCAGGUUGUGAAAGAACUGAGAGAAAUGUUCAACGUCUCUUCUAUAUUUGAGAUGGAUUUCCUCACCAAAGUGUUAAUGGAUUUGGCCAAUUACAAAUACAACAAGACAAUAACGAAGUCCCUUAACAUCCUAAACAAACUGUACUCUUCGAAAUCCAAUAUGUUUAAAUUAUCAAUGAAAGUACAGGUCCUUCUAACACAAGACUCGGCGCGAGUUCACCGAGAAGUCCUCAAAAAUAUGCCCAUCUUACGACGAUUGGCCAGAGCCAAACUGGACGGUCAGCAAGUGAAACUGAUGGGCAGUAUACUGGAUGAUUUGGCAGAGUUCUGUCACCUGCCAAUGACCCCAGAUGAACCACAUCCUAUGAAUCAGAAUAUUUUAAUCAGCAACGGAAUUCUGGAAAUUUUGUUUGAUGUCUUAUGUCAAGACAUAGAUACCAAACUACUGAUAGAUCAAUAUGGCGGGAUGAAAGAAGUGUUUCGAAAAACCUUGUAUCUGUUAAGGUUAUUAGCGAAGGAGAACAACACGGUACAGACACAUAUUUUCGACAGACUUGAUGUAUUACUUGAUGUCCGAGUGGCCGAAUCGGACCUUGCCGUAGCAUUAAAGGAGGUAUUUGCUGGCAAUCAAGCAACAUGCUUGAAAAUACAUCCCCGCCAAAUCCAGAAAAUCGUUAAUCGAGCAGCUGAUCUGCAGGAGAAAGCCCCACAAUUUCUUGAUCUGCUUACAAUGAUUGUGAAAGUUUUCGGCACAGGGCUCACACUUAAACGCAACCAAGCGUACGUAAUGAAAUACAUAAUGCAAAAUUAUAAGAAAGUCGCCUUCGUCUUGGAUCUCACCCGCGAUAAUAGAGAAAAGAUUUUGUUGAAUCCAUCGAUGAUGGAAACAUUGCGCUAUUAUAUCAGCCUUCUAGACUUGCUGGCAACAUGCGCAGAGGGCGAAAAUAUGUUCAUAGAAUCUUUGUGUCAAACAAUUUUGCCGUUUGACGAUUUGCUUUUUGUUCUCAACAACCAAAGAAUCGACAACUCUUUGAAGAAACCAUUCUUGCGUUGCUUACAUCAUGUCUACAUGAAGAAUUCUGUCGCAGUUGUUGAGACUGGGAUUGGAGAACUACCACAUGAUCCUUACAAACACUUUUAUUUCCCCGACAACGAUGCUUUUGGUAAUGAAGUAGAUGACACAGACCAUCUGGCCAAAGCUGUAGUGAUGUUCUGCGAAGUUAUUGGUCCUCUUCUAUACAAAGCAGAACAUAUGAAGAACAUGGUCAACUGUAUCACAGCUGUCGUUCCUGUCUCCAACAUGCCAAACUCGGUGUGUCGAAUACACAAAUCUAUUACUCACAUUGCAACGGACCAUCGCCUGAUGAUUAAGAAUGUACAUAUCUCUGCCAAAGAAACCCGACUGAAUGAAGCAAAGCGGAAAGAAAUGGAUGAACUUAACAUCAAGUGUUUACAGGUUCUUCGGGCUCUCAUUCACAAUGAAGAGCGAAAACUGUGUGAAGACUGGGAGACAAGAACUGGUGAAAGUAAAGUCAUGAAGUAUGGAAUCUUGUUACUAUUUUUCUUGGAUGGGGAAGUGAAAGUUCAUUUCUUUCAGUCCUCCAUGCUGGAAUAUUUUCUUUCCACCCGAGAAGAAGUUUUCUUUAUGGCAGUUAGAGAUCGAAUGCAGCUCUCCACGAAUUCUAUUAAAGAAAAACGAUCAUUACAAGCCCAACAGAAGGCCCGGAUGCAAGAGGCUGCAGACAACUUGGGGUCUACAUCUUCAGACUACUCCUUCACCAUUAGCAAACUUGCUUUAAAGACAAAGCGGAAACAGUCCUCCUCCUCCGCCGCCUCCAACAAGCAACGCAAGAAGCCAUCCGCUGCCAAAGACAAGAAAACAAAGAACCAGAAAACGUUACCGAAAAACAAAUCAAAAAAAGAGAUCCAAGCAAAUGGUUUUAAAAAGGAAGUGACGUUCGCAAAUCCUCUGAUGAAAGAGGAGGAAGCAUUAAUGAUUGAUAUGCCGGAACUAGAACCAGAGGUCUCGGUGAAAAUUGAGGUCAUGGCACGAAUGUGCGACGGUCAAAACCAGCAGUUACAGAAUUAUCUGCGGGAACAACCUGACAACGUGAAAUCAUUUGACAUUAUUGCUGAGGUGACUCGCUUCCUCGACGUCGUCUAUUCGAAUAUAAAUGGCAGAAGCAUAGAUUUAGUGAUCCAACUAUUUGACUCAAUCAAUGAAUUUACAGCGAGUAACCAGGAUAAUCGUGUUGUUAUCUACGACAACAAGAUAAUUGACUAUAUCAAUUUUAUACUCAGAGCUGGGGACUUUGCCGACUGCCUCACUGAAAAGGUUCUGGAAUUGCGACAAAGUAUCGCAAAUUUGAUUGUAUCCUUGAUUGAAGAAAAUGGUCCUGGACCAUCACAGGUUGCAAAGGAAGUCAAAGACACUCUUGACAAGAAAGCAGUUCUUCAACUAAUGACGGAAUGCUAUGAAAUGCAUCAACCGGAUAAAACUAAACUUGAAGACUUGAAGAAUUUGUCCGGCUCUGGAAGCUACAUGCAAACAGCGAAAUCGUUCGCCCUAGCAGGCGGAAGUUUCAUUCAGGGAGUGAUUCACACUGCCAGAUUAGUAACCGAACCCGCGAUCUCGUGUCGUGAACCCAACGCCCUCACCAUGGGGCCGCCACGCAGGGUUAUUCAUAUACAGUUGAACGGACAGGAACCAGAUUGUUCUUCAAUUGAAAUUGUGAAAGACGAUUGUCUCCAGAAGAUUAAUUUCAGAGUCCGGAACAAACGAGUUCUACGAGAAGAAGUAAAAGAGAAGUUGAAAUGGAAUGUUGACCGAUCUUCUCCCAGUAAUAAAAUAAGAGAUUUGAUGGAAUGGGCAAAAGACAUAAUGAAAGAUAUCGCCUAUCAAAGACGAAUUCUAGGAAAUCCAUUAGCACUUCUUCUAACAAAAGGAUGGCUAUUUUGGAACCAUAUGGUGACGAUAUUAAGUUUCGCCAUCAACAUUAUGAUGCUCAUCACUUGGAAUGCAAAAGCUUCUCUUCAGAAAGGAAAUUCAACACUUGUUGAAGGUAUAGACGAUCCCGUUCCAGUAAUCCACACACUGACACAAGAACAGUAUACAAUCGCAAUUUACGUGAUGGGAGGCAUGCAUAACUUUUUCUCUAUGUUAGUACUCAUCAGCUACUUUGUCUGCAAUCACCCAAGUCUUCCCAACCUGAAAAAUAUAGUCAUCUUUUUCAAGGGCGAUCACCGACACAAUUUAAGCAAGGGAAGCAAAUCAUUGGUUUGGGUUGGCAUCCUUGGCAUGGUAGUGUUCUAUCUAUACGGCAUCAUUGGUUUUGCUAUGAUGAGAAAUAUGUUCGACCCAAAUGAAUAUCUUUAUUGUGCUUCCCUGUGGCAGUGUACGGUCACAGUAGUUCGCUAUGGUCUUAUCGGGGACCUAUUUGAGUCGAUCAAAGCUCAUAAAGACGAGGCAACAUUCGCUAAAUUCGGGUUGGUGGUUCUUUUCCACGUAUCAUUUUUCAUCUUCAUUACGACAAUUGGCCUUAACAUAAUCUUUGGUAUCAUCGUUGAUACCUUCUCGGAACUCCGAGAUCUCAAGGGAUUCGAGCACCACGUCACAUAUGAACACAACAUGUGGGCCUAUAUUUUCUUCUUCAUUCAUUUAAAUGGUACAAAAGUAAAUGACUACAACGCGCUGGAGAUGUAUGUGUUUCGAUUGUUGAACAAGGAGAAUUAUGAUUUCUUCCCCCUUGACCGUGCUUUGUCUCUUGCUUCUAUGGGAAAAGACGCAACAGAAACUAAAUUAGAUGACUUAUUAGAUCAAGUUACAUCAAUUGUAGAAAAACAACGAAGAGAGGAAACAGAAAAGAAGAGAAGAGAAGAACGCAUGCGUCAGAAAUUGUGGGAACAAAAACAUCGUCUGGGAUCGUUCCGGAGGAAAGCAAAACUGCCAGUCCCUCGUGAAUAUGACCCCUUAAUGCAAAUGCAAGGGGGCCAGUUCGGGGCUAUGGAAGACCCUCGUUACAUGACUAUGCGACAAUUCGGUGAUGCACACAACACUGGAAUGUCGCAGCCAAAUAAUGGAGGGAAUUCCUAUUCAAGGCCAGAGAAGUCAGGUUCAAUAUACACUUCUUCGAUCUCUCAAGGAACUCAGAUCACAUCACUUCGUGAGUACCAAGAAGCAGACACACCACGACAUUACCGUGGCUUCAGUCCAUUACGUUACGACGCCGAUGAACCGGGCGUACGUAAUCUGAGCCCGGUCUGUUACGAUGACAGAACACACAGUCCUUCACGCUCACGCCAUGGCAGUGACUCAGAAUUGCUCGGUUUCAGCCCGAUCCACACGCGACGUCAGUCGCGUGACUCCUCCUACAUAAGGCAAGUGAGUCCGAAGUGGGUGGACAGCCAAGCAGCUUCUCCGAAAACAUCAUCCGUUUUCUUCCCAGACUCUGAUUCAACACCGAGUUUAAACAUGAGAGACCAGCGUCCUCCAGAAAGAGCGAUGCCAACAGUGGAUCUGGUCACCGAUCCCCUUGAAGAAUUUUCUUCUUUUGUAAUAAGUGAAGAUAUCGCGAGCCGGGAGAGUGACGGCGAAGACAUUGAUGACGAUUUCAAAUAAACAUGUGUAAAUAUAUAUACUCACGCACACAUAUAUACACACACACAUAUAUAUAUGUACAUAUAUAUAUGUAUAUACAUAUAUACAUUCAACAUAUAUAUAUAUAUAUAUAUAUACACAGACACAUAUAUACACAUAUAUAUAUAUAAUUAUACACAUAUAUUUAUACACAUAAAUGAUGACGAUUUCAAAUAAACAUGUAUAAAUAUAUACUCACGCACACAUAUACACACACAUAUAUAUA